GCGGAAGCGGAAGCGGUGUGUGGCGAUACGAAGCGGUUUAAUUACACCCGCCCCUCCACCUUAAUGUUAGUCGCGUUUCCCUUUUCUCGGCCUCCUCGUGCCCAGAGCGUCUGUUAUUGGAGGCGUAACCAUCGCCCUCGCCCCCGAGAGGCAUCAGCCUAACCGCCGCCGCCCUUUCCGCUGCAGCCCCGCCCCUUCGCCCGAGCGGUGCCGCGGCCUUUCGCUCCGAAUCUCGGUUAGGGCGGACGCCGCUAUGUCCGACAAGGAGUUCAUGUGGGCCCUCAAGAACGGCGACCUGGACGAAGUGAAAGACUACGUGGCCAAGGGUGAAGAUGUUAACCGAACAUUGGAAGGUGGGAGAAAACCUCUUCACUACGCAGCAGAUUGUGGACAGCUUGAGAUCCUGGAGUUUCUUCUGCUAAAGGGAGCUGAUAUUAAUGCUCCAGAUAAGCACAGUAUCACUCCACUUCUUUCAGCAGUUUAUGAAGACCAUGUGUCCUGUGUUAAGUUACUUCUGUCAAAGGGUGCUGAUAAGACUGUGAAAGGGCCAGAUGGACUUACUGCCUUUGAAGCCACUGACAAUCAGGCAAUCAAAGCUCUUCUUCAGUGAUGGAUGGACUGAGAUCUAAUGUCUCUCCUGUGGCCUCACACUGCUGCCUGUCUAUCACUCUUUGUAUCUUCCAGCUUCUUCAGCUAAAUAUUGGAGAGGGAGGAAAAAACCACAGUAAAUCAGUCUAGUUAGGUACCUCUAUUAAAAACAGAACAUGUUUGGAGAGUAGAAAUACAUAUAAUUGGUGUCUCCUUAGGACUUUUUACCCUGAACAAUUUUCCCCAUUUCUAGCAAAAUUGAACUUAUGCUGUGGAAGGGGAGAAGAAAUGUCUGAAAUGUAGCUUGUAAAUGACAUGCUGAAAGUUUGUAAAAUGGAAACUCUGUUCUUUAUUUUCUAACAUGUAAAAGCAAUUAGCAGCCCAGCACUGUUAUAUUGACACUUAACCAAGCAAGGCAGUGGGAUAGCUUCUCUAGUUCUGUCCCUGUGCCUUAAAUAGGUUGUGUAAUGCUGAAGGGUUUUGCUUAUAAUGUCCCAGCAUUUAAUAAUUUAAUGCCAUUAUUAACAAGGAACAAAUAAUAUAAGAAGGGUUACAUCUCCAGCAGAGGUGCUGAAGGAAUGAUUAAAAUCAUGGGUUUUCUACCAUCCAAGAUGCAAACUAAUUACUACUGGAAUAGAGCUUCUUAAAAGCUUCUAAUCAGAGUGUCCUCCCUCAGCACAUUAUAAAAUACACUGGAACAAAGUGACUGUUCCAGAUCUGUUGGUGCUAAAAGAUGGUAGCUUUGCCUUCAUGAUUUAGAUUCAAAAUAUCCUAAUAAAAAAUUAAUUUCAUCGUUUUAAAGAAGGCAGAAGCUUCCAUUCUCUUAGCAUCAUCCUUGCCAUGUUAAUUUUGUUAAAUGCAUGUAUCUUUGAAAGGGGAUUUGAUUUACUAUUAAACCAUUGUAUCUGACAAUAAUCAAAAUUAUGUACAGUAGAUAAAAUGGUCCUGUUCAGAAGGGAAACAGUGACAGGUUGCAUUUACUGCCCAGUAAUAGAUUCUGGUUUAUACAAGUUAUUUCACAGUCUUCAGUGUAGUGCUUUAGGAACAUUCAUGGAUAAGGAUUUGUAAUAUGCUAAAAUCUUGAUUGGGGGAUGCCAGGUCAAAUAGCAUUUGGAUAUUCUUAUUGAAAAAUGUCAAUACAUUUUGUAACAUAAUAUUAAAAACUACCCAGUAAAAAUGUUCUUGGUUUUGGAACAAGGUGUGCAGUACAAUGUUGACUGUCAUCUAGGAAGUUCUGGUGUCUAGCACAUUUCAUGCACUGAAUGUAGCUUUUCAGUUUUGAAAACAUUUCACAAUUAAAUGUAUUUAUUUACUAUAGCGCCCAAGAAAAAGAAAUUGGGAAAGUGGUCUCCUUAAGCAAUGUUAAUAUUGCAUCUUAAAUUGUAUCUUAUUUGUCCCUUAUUAUCACAGAUGUCAUCUGUUACAUUCAGAUCAGAUAUUCAGCAUCCAUGGGGGAAUAAACUUUAUUCUCCAAAGGUUGUUUUAAAAGUAGAACUAUGUAAUAUAUUUUUGUAUUGGUGCAGAAAUAUGAUAUAAAAAUAAUCUUAGCAUGCACAGCCUGCAUAAUCACACACAUAUUCACCUUUUUGUGCUAUGGUAAACUGAAAGAUAUUAAUCCAGUAAAUUGAAUUUGAGAUUAAUUUUAAAAUUAAACAUAUUUUGUCACAAUCAGCAUGGCCUAUUUGAAAUCUGCCCUGAAGGGACAUGAAAUGUUACCGUUCUUUUCUAGUAAAGCAUAAAUUCUGAUUGUCAUUCAUUUGUUCAAAUGUCUCUUCCGUCCUCUUUAUUUUUUGCUUUUGAUCAGAUAUGUUGGAGCAUUUGUGCCUCUUCCUGCCUGCCUUUUUCCCCCACAAUUUUUUUCCUCUUUUUUUUCCUUGCACAUCUAUAGGUAGAUUCCAGUGAAUAGCUCUUAACAACUAUCUUAUAAUUAUUUGUCUAGGAUUAUUAAAUAUACAUUUGCCCCUUCUCUGCUAAUCAAUUAAGAAAUCGGGCUAACUCUGGAUUUUUAUUUUAUUUUCUGUGUACUAAGAUGUGAUAUUUAUAUCCUAAAGUUGUUGCGGUAUCUGAUGAUAUUAGCUCAUGGUGAAAACCUUUGAAGUAUCUCAUCCCAACCCCCAUUUAAGGGAGACAUCAGCAGUAGUUAACAGUCAAGAAAUCCAGUCCAGUAUCAGUCUACUUCCCUUCUGUUUUCUGCUUAAGAUGAUUUGACAUUUUAAAACUUUCUGCUCCUCUUUGUUAUGGCAUUGUUUUCAUAACUUAAUUUUUGUUCUUCAGUACAGUACUAAGUAGAUUAAUUGAUCAGUAGAAGAAGCUGGUAAGAAUAGAAUGUCCUAGUUCAGCAAUUCCAGUGUUGCAUGCAGAAUUUUCAACUGAACAGUCUUAUAUUUUAUAAAUGGGAAAACAAUCAUAUCUUUCUACCCAGUGAUGGGGAAAAAAUAGUGCUUUGUGCAUUUUGAUAUUUGACUUUUUUCCACAAUGUAACUAUUUCGACACAGUUUGGUUUAUCAUUAUCAUGGUUCAUAGACAUCAGACUGCUAAAUGAUACAGUGUUUGUGUUGCGGGAAUGAAUGGAAUAAACUUGAAUUGUGUUACAGAAAAA